AUAAUUUUCCAGUUUUCAGCUUCACUCAUUACAACUGUUGAUAGACUCAUUUCAAGAAAAAUGGCUGUCUUGUGGAAGUUCGUCAUUCCUUUUGUUUUAUGUAUUCUUGUGCCAUACGCAAGGACAGUCGAAGAUGAAUUUGACAGUGCAGAUACAAGUAAAGCACUAGAUUCUUCAGCGUCUCAGAUAGCUGCUUUAUCUGCUCUUCUGAAGAAGACUCGAGCUCAAUUGGUUGGUCUGGAGACUAGAUUGCAUCAAGUGGAGGCAGGUCAUGUCGCCGCUUUGAGGGGAAGAGACGGACGCGAUGGAAUUCCAGGAAGAACUGGUCGUGAUGGCAAAAAUGGAUAUGACGGUCAACCAGGACCACGAGGUCCACCUGGACCAAAAGGAAUUCCUGGAAAUGAUGGUAAGCAAGGACCGAAAGGACCAAGUGGCGGUGGAGUGUCGUAUGUACGUUGGGGACGAGAUGUAUGCCCUUCUGGGACCAACCUCGUUUAUAAAGGGAUUACUGGUGGAGGAUUCUACACUCAUACUGGUGGAGGAGGAAAUUAUCUUUGUUUAACCUCAAAACCAAAAUACCUUAACUUCAAGAAGGGGUUUCAAAAUGGUGGGAGAAUGACUGGGACUGAGUACCAAGUCAGUGACAACACCGCCUUACUUCCCAAAAACCUUCAACAUCACGACGCUCCGUGCGCUACAUGUCAUGUGACAACUCGAGGCUCCAAGCUGAUGGUCCCUGGAACAUACGAGUGUCCAUUGGGAUGGCACCGAGAGUAUUAUGGAUAUUUGAUGACGGCUCACUACAGUCACAACCACCCAACCGAUUUCAUCUGUGUGGACGAGAACGCACAAGGAAGAACUGGUACACACCAAGACGUCGACGGCGCCUUGUUGUACCUAGUUGAGGGAUAUUGUGGGUCGUUGCCUUGUGGACCGUACGUUGAUGGUUACGAACUGACAUGCGCAGUGUGCACCAAGUAGAUCUGACGACUGCAUAGUAGUCUUGGUUAAUAAACAUACUUAGAGAAGUAAAUCGAUCAAUAAGCUAAAUAGUAAACAUGCUGAAAACGAAAUUAAGUUAUAUUUAAU